AUGUCGUCAUCUCCGACAACGCCGACGCCCGGGCCCGCGAGCCGGGCACAUCCGGCCGGCCGAUGGCCAGUGCUCACUCCUCGGCACUCGAGCGAUCAGCUUGAGACCACGCCCUUUGAGGGCCCCUUUGCCGAGCGCUCUUCCUGCCUGAAGUCCGCGUCUCUGGCCACUCCUCUGUUCUUUGCUCCUGGGCCACGGGGGUGGGGCGGAGUGGCGCGGCCUUGCCAGCGGCCAGCAGCAUCCAAGGCCAAGGCCGACCGAUGCCGGGUUGGCAACACCAGCAUGGACCAGUUGCGGGCCCGGACUGGCGCUGUGCUGGAGUACCUCCGCCGGCUGAAUCUGUCACCCUCCUCCGGGAGGCAACAGUGUCAACAGCAGCAGCAGCAGCAGCAGCAGCAGCAGCAGCAGCAGCAACAACAUCAGAAGCAGCAACAGCAGCAGCCGUGCACGGUUCUGCAACUUGCUGGUCGCACUCGCCCGGUGUCGGCCGCGAUGCCGAGUUACUGGCAGCCAGGUCACAUCCCUAUGAUGAAUCCCCGGCGGGUUGUGGGUGGCAACAGUGGGCGAGGCUGCCCCCAGGGCGGGCGGCAUUGA